AGUCGACUCGGAUCUCUCGCAGAGGCAGGAGUGCCGACGCGAUUUUACGCGAUUACACCUAAUGUUUACGAUCGUGUUUAAUACGUGGCAAUAAUAAUUGUGCUUCGAGUAUUGUGAGAUGUGCUUUUUAGUGAAUUAGUCUUCUGCUCUGUGGUAAAGGGGAUGUUUCCUCUUCGUCGAUUCUAACGAUAGUGGAUUAUCUGAAUGAAAAUCAGUGAUAGUGGUAAGCAGCGGGUGGUGAUUAAUGUUGAAAUAGAGGAAUAGAAAAGACGACCAGAAGAAUAGAAUGCCCAGCUGACGGAUACCCGAUCUUUUUAACACUCAAGUGGAACUGAAGAUUGCAGAGACGGUGGAAGGAUGUUGGGCGGCGUUGGAGGCCGACACCUCUCUACGCGCCGACGGGGCAGCAGUCCCAUGGUGCGCGGGGGCGUGGGCCCGAUGCCCUAUGGGGCCCAUCUGCUCCCGGGGGACGCCGCCGCGGUCCCUCCGGAUGGACCCAGGUAUACCCGCCGACGCCGGGCUGUCACAACCAGCGACCACAAGAGCUGUGCACUUAUCCAGACCAGGCUCAAGCUGGGGGACAUCAUGUUGGCAGCAGCACAAGAGGCGGCUCAAAGGGAUCCUGGAUAUACGAGUCAGUACCGCCGAAGGCAGAGGUUGGCCGGACUGAGUGGUAUCGGUGACUGGACUAGCUUUGGAGGCGAGGUACCUGGUCUGGUCGUCAUGGCGCCAGGCCGUGAUCAGGGGGGCGGGGGUGGGGGCAACAAGAUCCCAUCGUCGUUGUUCAUAUUGAGCGAAGACAACUGUAUUCGGAAGCAUAUACGGUUUAUAAUCGAGUGGCCACCGUUCGAGUACACUGUCCUGCUUACCAUCAUUGCCAACUGCGUGGUGCUUGCUCUCGAGGAGCACCUGCCCUGCGACGACAAAACCGUCCUUGCUCUGAGCCUGGAAGACACCGAGAACUAUUUUCUGGCUAUCUUCUGCGUAGAGGCGAGCCUAAAAAUCCUGGCACUUGGCUUUGUUCUUCACCGUGGUUCCUAUCUCCGAAACGUCUGGAACAUCAUGGAUUUUUUUGUAGUUAUUACCGGGUCGAUGACGGUGUUCGCCGAAACGAACGUGGAUGUGGACCUCCGUAUGCUGCGUUCGUUCAGAGUCCUCAGACCACUAAAGCUGGUUUCAAAAAUUCCAAGCCUGCAAGUGGUGCUCAAAUCUAUCAUCAAGGCGAUGGCACCGUUGCUGCAGAUAGGCAUGCUGGUCUUGUUCGCCAUUAUUAUAUUUGCCAUCAUUGGUCUGGAAUUUUAUUCAGGCGCUCUGCACAAAACAUGCUACAGCAUAGAUGAUUUGGAGGUAGUGAUGAAGGAGGGAGAAACAGCCGUGCCGUGUUAUUCCGACAACGAGACAGAUCACCCCGAAGGUGCAUACGUAUGCAACGCCAGUCUUUCCACAUGCCUCGAGCACUGGGCUGGGCCGAACGAUGGAAUUACCAGCUUCGACAACAUCGGCUUCGCGAUGCUCACCGUUUUCCAGUGCAUCACUAUGGAGGGCUGGACUGCCAUAUUGUACUGGACAAACGACGCCCUAGGGAACAUGUUCAACUGGAUUUACUUUAUUCCCUUGAUAGUUCUUGGCUCUUUCUUCAUGCUCAACUUAGUUCUUGGUGUUCUCAGUGGUGAGUUUGCAAAAGAGAGAGAAAAAGUGGAAAACCGUCAAACGUUCUUGAAACUACGAAGGCAGCAGCAACUCGAAAGAGAACUCAAUGGCUACGUUGAGUGGAUCUGCAAAGCAGAGGAGGUAAUACUCGCUGAAGAAAGAACCACGGAGGAAGAGAAAAUGCACAUUAUAGAAGCGAGAAGAAGAGCAGCCGCGAAAAGAAAAAAAUUAAAAAACCUCGGAAAAAGCAAAAGUACCGACACCGAAGAGGAGGAGGGUGAAGAUGACCCGGAUGAUGGGUUUUCGAGAGCUUCCUACCUCAAGUCUAAGGUGAAAAACAAAGGUGCUUGUCUACAAUUCUGGCGAGUGGAGAAAAGAUUUCGCUUCUGGAUUCGUCACACUGUUAAAACACAGUGGUUCUACUGGUUUGUGAUCGUUCUUGUGUUCUUCAAUACCGCAUGCGUGGCGGUCGAACAUUAUGACCAGCCAACUUGGCUCGAACAGUUUCUAUAUUACGCAGAGUACGCGUUCCUCGCUCUAUUCAUGAUGGAGAUGUUCAUAAAAAUGUAUGCACUUGGUCCACGUAUCUACUUCGAGUCGAGCUUCAAUCGAUUUGAUUGCGUCGUCAUAUCCGGGUCAAUAUUUGAGGUGAUCUGGUCGGCAGUUAAGGAAGGCUCUUUUGGCCUCUCCGUCCUGCGAGCUCUUAGGCUCCUCCGAAUUUUCAAAGUCACCAAGUACUGGGCCAGUCUGAGGAACCUCGUAAUAUCACUGCUCAAUUCUAUGCGCAGCAUCAUUUCUCUCCUCUUCCUGCUCUUCCUCUUCAUACUGAUCUUUGCGCUGCUCGGUAUGCAGCUCUUCGGUGGUCAGUUCAACUUUGACGAAGAGGAGACACCUCCUACAAAUUUCAACACAUUUCCUAUCGCGCUGCUUACUGUCUUCCAAAUAUUGACUGGUGAAGACUGGAACGAAGUGAUGUAUCAGGGCAUCAAUUCUCAAGGUGGCUACAAAAAGGGAAUGGUAUAUUCCCUGUAUUUUAUAAUAUUAGUGUUGUUUGGCAACUACACACUGCUGAAUGUAUUCUUGGCCAUCGCCGUCGACAAUCUUGCUAACGCUCAGGAAUUAACCGCCGCGGAAGAGGAACAAGAAGAGGAAGAUAAAGAGAAACAGAUGCAAGAAUUAGAAAAAGAAAUGGAGGCAUUGCAAAUGGGAGCCGAUGGGACAGCGCCAAAUGUGGAAAUAUGUCCGCCAAGUCCGACGCAAGAUUUUAAAAGUGGGAAAGGUAAAAAGCAAGCCUCCGAGGAGAAGAAACAAGACGCUGAAGACGACACGGGACCAAAACCAAUGCUGCCAUACUCCUCCAUGUUUAUAUUAUCCCCAACAAAUCCCAUAAGGAGAGGUGCCCAUUGGGUGGUGAAUCUACGUUACUUUGACUUUUUCAUAAUGAUCGUGAUAAUCCUGUCCAGCGUGGCGUUGGCCGCGGAAGAUCCAGUGACCGAAGGAUCGACACGAAACUAUGUGUUGAAUUGUUUCGAUCAUGCAUUCACAGGAGUGUUUGCCAUAGAAAUGAUACUGAAAAUUAUUGACUUGGGCGUAAUAUUGCACCCUGGAUCGUAUUUGCGAGAAUUUUGGAACGUUAUGGAUGCGGUUGUAGUGAUAUGUGCGGGAGUUUCGUUCGUCUUUUCUAAGCUGAGCGAUCCCACGUCUUCGACGUCGAUGGGUCAAAAUUUGUCGACUAUAAAAUCUCUCCGCGUCCUGAGGGUGUUGAGGCCACUUAAAACUAUUAAAAGAGUGCCGAAAUUAAAAGCAGUGUUUGACUGUGUUGUGAACAGUUUAAAGAAUGUUAUAAAUAUUCUCAUAGUGUAUAUAUUGUUCCAGUUUAUUUUUGCUGUUAUUGCUGUACAGCUGUUUAAUGGAAAGUUUUUUUAUUGCAACGACGAAAGCAAGUACACAAAGGACGACUGCAAGGGUCAAUAUUUCAAAUUCGAACAUGGGGCGUUGUUACCUGUUCCAAAAAAUCGGACCUGGGAUACCCAACACUUUUACUACGACAAUGUGAUGGUUGCUAUGCUUACCUUAUUUGCGGUACAGACGGGGGAAGGCUGGCCUCAAGUUUUACAAAAUUCGAUGGCUGCGACACACGAGGAUAAGGGUCCUAUUCAAAAUUUUAGGAUUGAAAUGUCGAUUUUCUACAUAGUUUAUUUCAUAGUAUUUCCAUUCUUCUUUGUCAACAUCUUCGUGGCCUUAAUCAUCAUCACAUUCCAAGAGCAGGGUGAAGCUGAAUUGCAGGAUGGUGAAAUAGACAAAAAUCAGAAAUCUUGUAUUGAUUUCACGAUACAAGCAAGACCACUGGAAAGGUAUAUGCCAAACAAACGGAACAGUGUGAAGUACAAAAUUUGGCGGGUCGUAGUUUCAACGCCGUUUGAGUAUUUCAUUAUGAUUCUCAUCGUUCUCAACACCCUGCUGCUUAUGAUGAAGUACCACGCUCAGCCCGACCCGCAAAAGUUAGUACUGAAGUACAUGAACUGGGGUUUCACCGGGAUGUUCACCAUCGAGUGCACUAUGAAGAUUGCCGCAUAUGGUUUUAGGUAUCACGAGGCGCCGCCUAUUCUAGUGGACAGCCUGGCCAUCAUGAACCUGGUCUUCACCCUCCUUUUCUUCAUUGAGUGCAUCCUUAAACUCAUCGCCUUUGGAUGCAAGAACUUCUUCAAAGAUCCAUGGAAUACGUUCGACUUCAUUACAGUGAUUGGAAGUAUCGUCGAUGCUCUCGUAAUUGAGUUCGGGAAUCCGGUUGUCUACAUCAUUAAGUACUUCUUUCCGAAGUCAACCUUGGAAAAUUUCAUCAACGUCGGCUUUCUGAGAUUGUUUCGAGCUGCAAGGUUGAUCAAACUUCUACGGCAAGGAUAUACCAUACGAAUUCUCUUGUGGACUUUCGUACAAUCAUUCAAGGCCCUGCCGUACGUUUGUCUUUUGAUUGCCAUGCUGUUUUUCAUCUACGCGAUCAUCGGAAUGCAGGUAUUUGGAAAUAUAGCCAACGAUCCAGCAUCUGCGAUUGAUCGGCAAAACAACUUCCAAUCAUUCUUCGGCUCUCUAUUAUUGCUGUUUCGAUGCGCUACCGGCGAGGCAUGGCCGAACAUUAUGCUGGCAUGUAAGAAGGGCCGUCCGUGUGCUCAGCCAAAAGAAGAUAAUGCUGCGGAAGGAUGCGGCUCAAACCUCACGUAUGGUUACUUCGUCUCGUUCAUCUUCUUUUGCUCGUUUCUGAUGCUGAAUUUGUUCGUUGCCGUCAUCAUGGACAACUUCGACUACUUAACAAGAGACUCAUCCAUAUUGGGCGCCCAUCAUUUGGAUGAGUUUGUAAGAAUAUGGGCCGAAUACGACCCGAAUGCAACGGGAAAAAUACAUUACACCGAAAUGUAUGACAUGUUGAAAAACAUGGAUCCGCCUUUGGGGUUUGGCAACAAAUGUCCGAACAGACUGGCGUAUAAGAAAUUGAUUAGAAUGAACAUGCCGGUAGAUGUAGAUGGAAAAGUUAACUUUACUACGACCCUGUUUGCACUCAUUCGUGAAAACUUGAGCAUCAAAAUGAGAACAGCGGAAGAAAUGGAUCAAGCUGACGAUGAGCUCAGAGUUACUAUUCAAAACAUCUGGCCAUUGCAAGCACGGAAAAUGCUGGAUCUUUUGAUACCAAAGAAAGAUGAGCUAAACAAGGAUAAAUUAACAGUGGGUAAGAUAUAUGCAGCUCUCCUGAUCCUUGAAAGCUGGAGGACAACAAGGUUUGGUCAAAUAGAAGCAACUGGACCACAGAAUGAUAACGAUCAUAUCGAUAACGAUAAUGCCGGGCAAAGUCCUGCAGCCCAGGCGGUACGUUCAACCUUCUUCAACUGUCUCCUGGAUAUGGCCGGCGUCAACCAUACUGGAGGAAAUAAUCACGGCACGCAACCCGGUGAUAGCCGAGCUAAUAGCUUAGAGCCCCCGCCAGGACCAAGCGGGGACUUGAGAGGGGAGCGCAGAGAGCUAAGGGAUGAAGAAGAAGGGGCCCUAGGGGCUCUUGCUGCCGCCGAGCAAAGACGACAGCGUAGCAUCAGGAACAAAAAGGUGAACUGGAUUGUGUCCCAUCCGUACGAUAAACUAGGCAGCAGCGGAGAGAGUAGCCAGGGAGGGGGUGGGAGUGGGGGUGUAGUUAACAACCUCGAUCGAGCUCCCGAGCUAGAACCGUUGUUAGCCGAGCCCUCUCAGGAGUACCUACGCUACGAUAACAGCUACCACCGACCCUCGUACUACCAACACCACCAGAACACCACUUUCGUACCUCGCUCCUCAAUCCGUUACCUCAAGAUGGAGCUACAGGACGUGGUAGUUAGCGAAUCUCGAGCUGGGAGCCUUGAAAGUUUAACGCAUCCUGGCGAAAGGCUGCACCCUCAUCAUCCAAUAUCUCAACAGAGACAUCAUUCUAGGUCACCCAGCUUAAGAAAACACUCUCCGAUCUUGCAUAGAUCGCCAUCGCCCAGACGGCAUAGAUACGAUCAUCGUGUUCAUCAUUAUCACGAGGGUCCCGGAUUCAGCGACACAGUUAGUAACGUCGUUGACAUUCAAAGGCACUCACAGCAUCCGCAUGGCUCCCAGUAUAAUCAUCGGCAUAGAGUACGAGACUAUUACGACUUCUGCAACUAUUACGACGAUGGUUCGUGGAGCGCCUCGACGAGUCCAGCCAGAUCACCCAGCCCGGUUCACAGGAUGGGUCACAGUCAACAUUACGGAACUACGAGCCUCGAGCAGCGGUCCCGGUCACCGAGUCCCGUCGGUGGGCGACAACCGGCGCACACGCAUCACCCUCACCAGCACAGCUAUCCGGUCCUCGUUACCAGAAGAGGUCAAGGUAGAAGGUUGCCGCCAACCCCUAACAAGCCGUCGACCCUCCAGCUGCAGCCUGCGAACAUAAACUUUCCAAAGUUGAACGCAUCGCCGACUCACGGACCACACGUGACGCAUGCACCGCAAAACUCGCACGUACCUCCUCCCACGAUACCCUUGAGCCAUUGCCCGUUGAGCUUCGAACAAGCUGUGGCAAUGGGCAGAGGUGGAAGGCUGCUACCGAGUCCGGUGCCGAACGGCUACAAGCCGCCACCCUCGCAGCCGAAGCAGAGAGCGCCGAGAUCAAGGCACUCGGACAGCGACGAAGACGAUUGGUGCUAGCCAAUAUGGGACCCUGGAUUGUCGAGUGAAGAACUGGACUUACCUAGGGAUUUGUCGGUAUGCGCGUAGUGAGAAUAUGAAUUUUCGUGUCUCGGUAUUUUAAAUGCGGUCGCUCGUGACGCGGAGGACGCUAAGUAAAUAUAAAUAUAAAUAACGACAACAACAAUAAUAAUAAUUAUAAUAAUGAUAACAAUAACAACAACAACAACAACAACAACAACAACAACAACAACAAUAAUAAUAAUAACGAACUGCCGAGAGCUACGGGAAAAGUUUCGACGUAUAAUGUAUAGUAAGAGGUGAAAAAUCAAAUUGUUGUAUUAAUCAGCUGUUUUAUCCUCGUUAUGAUUAUCGUUAUUUUCUUCGAUCGAUUUGUCACCUCAAAAGUCCGGUGAACGAACUUCGUUGUGACUGCAAAAUUUUUCAUCUUCAAACUUCCAGGAAGCAGACUUGUGUGAGGAAAGAAAAAAACAAAGUGCUAAGAACUCUUUAAAAAAUUCUCUAGUAUAAAAAUUUACCAAAGGCUUGUUUUAUAAAAGAACGAACUGAUAAUAAGACAGAAGACUUUGGAAAAUACGUUAUGUAAAUUUUCCGUAUGAAGAUACAUCGUGCGCCGGUGAUCAGUAAAGAGAGUUAAAAAAAUUUGAAAAAAAAAAAAUCAUAAACGUUCAAAACAAACCUGCCAGAAUAGAUCAUUCGAAUUUGUACGGAAUCGCUAACUGAAUCUUCAUAUGCAAUACCGGUUAUAUUACAAUCAAACCCUUUCAUUCUUUAAACACAAAGUAUGUCUAGAAUUGAUAUGACAACUCAUUUAUCAGGGUAUAAUCACGAUGAGAGUCGUGCUCUUAAUGAACGUGAAUAUAUUUUAAUCAUAGAAUGGCAAAUUUUAAUUACUUCGUUAGUUUCUUUAAAACACAUCUCUCAUUAUCUAGAAUCGGAAAGUUUACAAACAAUUUUUACUUCAGUUUCUUACUGGCCAUUUAUCAAAACUGAAUGCUUGAAUCAUUGUUACGUUCGUUCUCGGCACGGACAAUGUGUAUUUAUCAUCAAUGCAUGAGCUGCAAAUCUAAGUACAGUUUUCGUUUAGAUUUAUUGUCAUUGAUACGAUGGAGAAAUAUUAGCUAAAAAAAUAAGAAAAAUCAACAAUGGUGAUUGAAAAGUGUAUAGCCAAAUUGGUUUACUCUACGCUGCAAUUAGCGACAUUCGUAACCCAAUUCUUAAUGUGUUUAUUCACUAAUAGUUAGACUUCAUCAGUCAGCGCCAUUUCAUUAAAUAAGUCAAAAUACGCUGUGAGAUAUAUGAAAUUAAGCAUAUGCCUGCAGAGUGAUCAUCAUCAAUGAAAAAUAACAACAGUUGUGAAUACCGAUCAAGGUGUGACUAUAAACCAUGCAUAGAUUUAUUCAAGUUUUUUCUUAGCCUUUUUUUCUAGUACGAUUUUUCAAAAUUCGAGAUUAGGUGUAACGGAAAAAUACUUUCAAAAGCAUACGGAGUUCACAAUCAGUACAAUUCACUAGUUCAAUUUUCAAAUUGUGUUGUUACUUUAUUCGGCAAAAUCCUGUACGCGUCUACAUAUAUGUGUAUUUGCAGUUACAAUUUGUUGUUUAUUUCUAACCAUUUUAACGUGUAAAGUUCAGACAUGACACACGAGUUAUGCUGACAAAAACAUGACACGUGACACACACACACAGACACAAAAAUGUACAAGUUUUAUUCCAGUUUAAAUACAUAAAAUCCUAGUCAACGAACUAAAUCAUUAUCAACGUAAAAAAAAAAAAACAAACAUUCUUAUGAAUCUCUGCACUUGUAAAAUAUUGCAUAUAAAUUACUAUAACACGUGCUACGUAUUACUAAACAUAAUAAUAAAUAAUAAUACAUUUAUUUAUAAAAUAAUUAAACUUGUCCUUUCGGGAUAUUAACACGUUAUAUACUGCCAAUCGUACGAGGUGUUUAAGAAAGAAGUUUGGUACGAAAUGAGUAGAAUUGUCUCCAUAAAAAAGUUAGUUUUCAGUAUUUCAUGCUUGCGUGGGGCAAAUCUGUGUGAAACGCGUAUAUAUGUAGUAUAUUGAUAUGGUCAGGCUGACGCAACCAUUGCGUUGUGUUAAGAGACUUUUAAAGACUGCAGUCGCAUAUUUAUAUAUCGUUUGCAAUAUGAUUAUUCGAUACUCGAUACGUGGAUUUUGCAUCCUUUUUUUAUCUACCGACAAGAGCGAAAGGAUCGAUCACUGAUUCGAAUGUUCCGAAUUUGAAACAUUUAAAACGUGGCAGCAGAGCUACCAGAUAUAAUUUGAAUUUUUAUUCCGAACGGAGCAAGCAAUAUUUGCAGAUAUUUCUGAAUUAAAAUACGUACUUUUAUUGUUCAGAGAUUCAACAAAAUAAACCUUAUAAACUGCGAACCUUGUAUCGUUAUAGUGAAAAUGCUUAUUAACGUGAUAUCAUUGUUUCUGCGUAUGAUUGGUAGAUUUUUGCUAACACAGUAUUUCAAAAUUGGGAAUCAGUUUGUUUCUUGAAUGAGGGGCACAUUGAAAAAAAAAAGAAAGAAUGCAAACUCCAUGGAUCAAGAUAUCAUUAAAGCAUAUUGAAUUCCAUAUACAUCGAGUCUUGGGAAUCAUGCAUACAUUGCAUUUGAUUAUAUAUCGGUUCAUGGUCCAUAAUAUCUCGAUUCGGUCUCCGUGGAUUUGGCGCGAAACAAUUUCAAAUAUUAGCACGUUGUCGGCACUAUCCAAAUGCAUGUAUGCAUUUUAUCUAAAGACUGUACUUAGGAAGCAAGCACUUUACAAGCCUCUUAAUUUAGUCACGCUGAUUUUGAAUCAGAACCGCGUGAUUCCUUCCCUUAAGUGCUUUUACCAACUCAAUCGUACUUCGUAUGUCCCAUAAUGUUGCUAUGAGUAUAAAGAAAAAAAAAGAAAAAAAAAAAACAAAUAUUGAAAAUCUCGUUCAUUCCUCAUUGAAAAAAAAUCAUGGAUGUACUUAACAGGAAUUCAUCCAAAAACUUCGAAAAAAAAAAGUAUAAGAUUAAAUAUUAUUACAAUGUUUUUCUGUGAUAAAUCCAAAUCUUAGUACAAGGGGUCACACCUCUUGAAUCGCAGCUGGACGAUUAAUCUCGAAGUGUUUGUAACAAUAUUAAAAUUAAAAUAAAUAAUUUAAUCUUUACCUAGUCUUAUGCAAGCAGAUGACCAAGACCUUAACGAUGAACUAACGUUAAAAAUAAUAAAUUAAAUAAUAACAAACAAAGAAAAAAAAAAAAAAGAAAAAAAAACGGGGAAAAAAAAAAAGAAAA